AUGAACAAAAAUGCACCAGAGGCAGAGACAGAAGCUGAAGACGAAAUGAAAAUGGGAGGAGACGAAAACGUGGAAGUACAAGAAACCUGGGUUAAAGCUGCCAAAAACUUUACUACCCAGGACAGGUCGAGUAGCGAAAAGAAUGGACGGUAUUUUGUUCGAGAGUGGUUUCAAAAGCACGAUUGGCUUGCGUUCAACAGGGAGAGGAGAAAGGCGUUUUGUUUAACAUGCACUGAAAACAGUGACACACAGAAAGGGUCAGGGACAUUCAAUUUCAAAUGUGGGGAAGGGUUUGAUAACUGGAAAAAAGGUGCCGAAAAAUUUGCCGAGCAUGAAGAGAGCCUUUUUCACAAAGAUUCCUGCGCUAAAAUGGUUGCAAGAAUGAGACGUACCAGCGGCAUCGCAGAAACUGUUCGCUUGUUUGAUAUUAACAUGCAAAAGCUGCGAAGACAAGGGCUUAUUUCCCAUCUUCAAACAAUGAAAACAUUGUUGCGUCAAGGCGUUGCUAUAAGAGGUAACACAGAUUUAGAUUCUAACAUAUACCAGUUUAACCUAGAUAAAGCGAUUCAUGACAAGGGUUUGGAACUGCUUCUAAACGAGAAACAUUAUACAACGGCGCAUGAUAUUCUAGUUGAACAACAGCAACUGUUAAUUUUGAACGCCCGACGAAACUUGUUGGAAAAUGUGAGAGAAAAAGACUUCUUCUCGAUUCUUGCCGACGAAUCAUCUGACGUCUCCAAGAAAGAACAACUCUCAUUCUCCGUGAGAACGUGUGAUGAUGACUACAAAGUUUCUGAAGAUUUUGUUGGCAUUUUUGAAUGCAGUGAGGGUCUAUCAGCUGAUGCCCUUUUAAAGUACACGGAAGAUAUCCUUCUCAGGUCCAGCUAG